AUGCCGCGCCUAGAACAGGUGGUUCCGGUUGUUCUUGUAGUAGCCUAUUUCUACUUUUUAUGCACUGAUACUCUGAUUCAAUCAAUUGCAGCCGGACUUGUGCUGAGUGGCCAUAUUUCGGUAGUUGGCGCCCCUCAGAUUGCUUUCAGGGGAAGGCCCGCCGCCUUCGGACCGCUGGCGCCACCGUAUAACUCCUUGAACGCCAGUCUUAUGGCGCCAAUUGUAUUUGUUGACGGUUUUGCUUGUGGAAACUCGUCAAAUGCACAUGUCAAUGGGAGCUUCGCUGUGGUGCUGCGGGGCUCCUGCGAUUUCUAUACAAAAGUUCUCCAGAUGCAAGUCGAGGGCGCUAAAGGUGUGAUUAUAGGAAACUAUGAUAAUUUGGAGCCUUUCACUAUGUUCGCACCUCGCCAACCGCAUGCAAUCACAAUCCCCAGUAUGAUGGUCGACCGCUCAGUGUACGACCAGUUGGCGUCGUAUAAUAUGAUCUCCAUGAGCAGAGUAGGAGACGAAAUGGCACUACUGACUUCAUUCGUGAUGUUUAUUUUCAGCCCCGUUUUUUCUCUGGUUGUUUUCUAUCUAUUGAUCACUUUGCAUCGCCAACAAACUAGGCGUCGACAAAAGGCGUCGUUGGGAGCUGUAGAUGCUUUGCCCGUUCGCCAAUGGAGUGGAAAUCAUAGUCCGGCUGAAACAUCGCUACUUCUGAGGCCCUACAUCCCGCAUUGUGUAAUAUGUCUUGAAGACUUUACCCCACAAUCGCGGGUGAUUACAUUGCCCUGUGGUCACGAGUACGACGAAGCGUGCAUUAGGCGCUGGCUACUGACGCAGCGAAAAACUUGUCCGAUUUGCAAACGCGAGGUUUGA